AUGUCCCAAGAACCAAUCGCAAUCGUGGGCAUUGCUUGCCGAUUUGCUGGCGAUGUUGAUACUCCUUCAAAAUUGUGGAAGUUGCUACAGGACCCGCACGACCUCCGUCAGGAAAUACCCAAGACCAGGUUCAACACCGAGGGUUUCUACCACCGCAACCAUGCCUAUCACGGUCAUACCAACGUCAAGCACUCCUAUCUUCUCUCCCAAGAUCCCGCAGCAUUUGAUGCCGAGUUUUUCGGUGUCAAUCCCCACGAAGCUCGAUCUAUGGAUCCACAACAACGACUCACCCUAGAGACCGUGUAUGAGGCAAUCGAGGCAGCUGGAUUGACCAUGGAGGCACUAUCAGGAAGCGACACUUGCGUGUACGCUGGGUCAAUGACUGCUGACUACGAUGCCAUGGGAACUCGUGAUCUUGAUCAGCUGCCUACGUAUGCUGCGGUUGGCACGUCCCGUGCCAUAUUGUCGAAUCGAAUCUCGUAUUUCUUCAACUGGACUGGUGCCUCCGUCACGGUCGAUACAGCUUGUUCGUCCUCGCUGGUCGCUCUCCAUAGCGCUGUUCAAGCCCUACGUUCGGGAGACUCGGCUACUGGUGUCGUGUGCGGAUCGAAUCUGAUUCUGGGACCGGAAUGUUUCAUCAUAGAGAGCAAUGUCAAAAUGCUGUCGCCAGACGGAUUGAGUCGUAUGUGGGACAAGGACGCCAAUGGCUACGCCCGCGGUGAAGGGCUCGCAGCCCUCGUCAUCAAACCUCUGAGCGCUGCAUUGAGGGAUAACGAUCACAUCGACUGCAUCAUUCGCGAGACUGGUCUGAAUCAAGACGGCCACACUCCAGGUCUGACGAUGCCCAGCCCUCACUCCCAGCGAGAGUUGAUCCGCAGGACGUACGCAAAAGCCGGACUGGACUUGAGUAAGCAAAGUGAUCGACCGCAGUAUUUCGAGGCCCAUGGCACGGGUACGCCCGCUGGUGCAAUCCACUCUGCGUUCCACCAGGGUUCCAACACGCAGCCACUGUAUGUCGGCUCCAUAAAGACUGUGCUUGGCCACACCGAAGGAACAGCUGGACUCGCUGGUAUUAUUAAAACCGCUCUUGCAUUGCAGAACUCGUGCAUCCCUCCAAAUCUCCACUUCAACGAGCUGAAUCCUUCGAUCCAGCCGUUCUAUCAGAAUCUCAAAGUGCUCCGGAGCCGUGCCGACUGGCCACAGCUGGAACCUGGCCAAGCGCGCCGCGCAAGCGUCAAUAGCUUCGGCUUUGGAGGCACCAAUGCUCACGCCAUCCUUGAGGGCUAUGAAAAUGAACUCGCAGAUGCACAUGCUGGUUCAAACGUCAGUAGUACCGUGUUUGCUCCCUUCGUAUUCUCGGCUGGUUCCGACAAAGCACUCAGAAAUAACAUCGAAGCCUACAUCGAAUACCUGGGCGGGAACUUGGAUUGCAAUGCUUCUGAUCUGGCAUAUACUCUGCGCGACAGACGUUCGCUUCUACAAUACCGGCUCGCUAUUCCCGCACCUGACUGUGCAGCGCUGAAAGAGAAGCUCAUCAACUUCAUCGCAGGUAACAGCUCCGCUGGUGAAGAGGGUAUCGUUCGAUCGCUUUCCAAGGUUGGCAGUGAGCGGUCGAAAGUCCUCGGAGUCUUCACUGGACAAGGAGCACAGUACGCCGCCAUGGGAGCUGAGCUCAUUCGUGCCUCCCCAUUUGCCCGUCAGACCAUCAAGGAUUUGGAAUCUGUCCUACAGAACCUCCCCAAAGAAGACAGGCCGUCUUGGUCGCUCGAGAACGAACUUUUGGCGACAGAACCUCAGUCACGCAUAGGGGAAAGUGCACUGUCGCAACCCUUGAACACCGCCAUACAGAUCAUGCUUGUGGAUAUUUUGCAUGCUGCUGGGGUGAAUUUCGACACCGUCAUUGGGCACAGCAGCGGCGAGAUUGCAGCUGCUUACGCAGCUGGAUUCUUGUCUGCAAGAGACGCCAUGUGCAUAUCUUACUAUCGUGGCGUUUGCUGCCAAUAUGCUGAAAGUCCGAACGGAAACGUGGCCGGGGCUAUGCUCGCCGUCGGUACCACGAUGGACGAUGCCGUGGAACUGUGCCAGGACGAGACGUUUGCUGGCCGCAUAUCCCUGGCCGCAGUCAAUUCUCCAUCUAGCGUCACCAUCUCUGGAGAUUCAGACGCCAUCGAAGAACUCGCCAUCAUCUUGGAAGAUGAGAAAAAGUUUCAGCGUCGGCUUCGCGUAGAUAAAGCAUACCAUUCUCUUCACAUGAGAAGCUGUGCCGAGGAGUACAGAAAGAGCAUGCUGCGGGCAGGAGUUUCAGUCAUCAAAUCAUCGCAAGCUCGCCCUUGCCAAUGGUUCUCGAGCGUAUACGACGGACAGCUGGUGGACGAAAGCCUCCAGAUUGACGGCGAUUACUGGCUCAAGAACUUGACGCAGCCAGUGUUGUUUUCGUCGGCCCUGUCUGCGGCAAUCCAAUCAUCCGACUAUGAUGCUACCCUGGAGGUCGGACCACAUCCAGCUCUGGAAGCUCCGGCAACGCAGACCAUGCAAGAAGUGCUGUCGAAGUCGAUACCGUACAGUGGCACGCUUCGACGCAAGGAAAAUGCCGUGCUCAGCUUGUCAGCUACGCUCGGUUUUCUCUGGUCCCGUCUGGACCGAAGGGGAGUCAAUCUUGACUCUUUCGAAAAGCAGAUGACUGGAAAUGAGGCACCCAAAAACAGACUUUUGACGGGACUCCCUCGGUAUCAGUGGAACCACGAUACCAAAUACUGGAGUGAGUCGCGUAGAUCGCAACACCUCCGCUCACGAUCUGAGCCGGUCCACCCACUGCUCGGCCACAUUUCGCCCGACAGCAGUUCCCAUUCUCAUGCUGUGCGCUGGAAGCACGUCUUGAAACCGAGCGAGAUGCCGUGGCUGAAUGGGCAUGCUGUCCAAAAUCAGAUCGUAUUUCCGGCAGCAGGCUACAUCUCCACGGCAAUCGAGGCUGUCCGUUCUUUGGCGAAGGGCGAGGCCAUCCAACUCAUCGGCCUUGAUCACUUCGUAAUACACCAAGCAGUACCUUUCACGAGCGCUGACGAUAGCGUCGAGGUUCUGGUGGACUUUUCGCAAAUCACCCGAUCGCAUGACAAGCUGGAAAUGACGGCAAAUUUCUCUUACAGCGCUGCACUUGGUGACACGACUAGUCUGUCUCUAGUUGCGACAGCCGCGGUAAAGGUCCAUUUUGCGGAGCCGUUGGUAGACCUCUUCGCAGAACGUCAGCCGGAGCCCCCACAUAUGAUCGAUGUGAAGCCACAGCGAAUGUAUGACUGGCUUGCUAGCCUUGAGUACAACUUUUCCGAACCUUUUGGCGGUCUUACCAAACUCCGGCGCCAGCUGGGACUUUCGCGGUGCACAGGAAAGUUGGCACCAAGAGAUAUCGAUACCGCAGGACUUUUGCUCCAUCCAGCGGACCUUGACGCCGCUUUCCAAGCCAUGAAUCUUGCCUUCAGUUAUCCGGGUGAUGAACAGAUCCGGCAUUUGCAUCUGCCAACAACUAUCUCGAAGAUCCUCGUCAAUCCUGCUGCUUUGGAAGCAGCACACAGCCCUGGUGAUCGGGUUGGAACCGACUGCUUCGACGUCGACGCCACGUGGAAUCCGUCCGAUCCCUUGACUCCCACAGCUGGCUUCUCGGGCAACGCUCGCCUGUAUUUCGAUCAGGGCGAGUCGCCGUGCGCUGCAGUUCAGAUUGAUGACAUUGUCCUUCGGCCUAUCGGUGAUGCCAACGAUGAGCGAAAGAUCUAUCACGGCCUCGACUAUGUACCCACACGGCUGGAUGGCAUGGUGGCUGCCGAGAAUAUCACAAUCACUGAUCACAUUCUCGAGAUUCAAGAAAUGGUUCAUCGAAUCAUUCAUUUCUACGCCCGGCAGGUCAACGACGAGGUGCCCUCCAGCUCUUCUUUGAGAGCAGCAGGGACUAUCACCGGCCACUACCUCAACUUUUGCCAGCGUAUCGUGGCCGACCUAAAGCAGGGCACGAGCAAAUGGGCCAAGUCGGAAUGGAUGAGCGACACGAAAGAAGGUGUCAUGGAGGCUCUCCACCAGCUCGGUCCUGAUUUUGAGAACGUUGCGGAUAUCAAGUUAGUUCUCCUCGUUGGUGAGACUAUGCCUCGGGUACUCCGCGGUGAGGCGGACAUGCUUGAAGAAAUGCGUCUUUCUGGACUACUGGACACCUUCUAUAGAUACGGCGCUGGCCUUUAUCAAGCCACCCAGUGGCUGACAGCUGUCCUCAAGCAAAUCACGGAUCGCUCUCCGCAUCUGCGCAUGGUCGAACUCGGCGCCGGGACGGCAGCCGCAUCCAAAGACAUUCUGGAAAUGUUGGGACGCAACUUUGACCACUACACACUCACCGACAUCUCUUCCAGCUUUGCGGAGGGUGCGCUAGAGUCGCUCGCUUCUUGGGGUGAUCGUGUCUCCUUCAAGACUUGCAACGUAGAGGUGGACCCAGUUGAGCAGGGAUUUGUGGAAGGCGAAUACGAUGUAGCCAUUGCCAGUCAGAUCCUCCACGCCACGACCAGCCUCGACGAGUCAGUGCGCAACGUCCGCCGCUUGUUGAAACCUGGAGGAUGGCUACUCAUAGGCGAGUGCGGCCCCGAUGGUGGAGGGGCAAUUGUCGGCUCCUUCAUCUUCGGCGCGCUCCCUGGCUGGUGGAACGGAGUCCACGAAGGCAGAGCUCUGUCUCCGUUCGCAUCGUUCUCUGCGUGGGACGAGAUUCUACAACGGAAUGGAUUCGCCGGCAUCGAGGUCAGGACCCCCGAACCCAGUGCGCAAGCGUUCGGAAUUGUCACCAUCGCGGCGCAGGCAGUGGACCCUCGCGUGUCCAUUAUGAGGGCACCUCUCUCGUCGCCAGCCAACUUGGACGUGGACGAGAUCCUCAUCAUAGGUGGUCAGACCGAAGUCACGGCCCAAGUCAUUGAUCACAUGAAAAAGCUGUUUUCCGGGAUGGGGACUCGGGUCAUACUCUACGACAGAAUCGAGGACUUGGAUUCUCAUAUCGAAAAGCCAGAAGCUGCGAUAAUUAGCCUGGCGGACGUGGACGAUGCCGUCUUCGAGAACAUGACGCCUGACCGCUGGACAAAGUUUCAGCAGCUCUUCACAGGUCACAAACACCUCCUGUGGGUAACAUUGGGCCGACUGAAAGACAAUGUGUACAGCAACAUGACUGUCGGAUUUGGCCGCGCAGCAGUCAACGAGGAAGCGGAGUUGCGGUUGCAGCAUGUCGACUUUGCCAACGUCUCUCAUAUGGAAGCCAAUCGCAUUGCGGAGAUGUUCGUCCGGUUCACAAAUCGGAGCCUGACAGCUGGUAGCAGCAAGAACGAGCUUCUACAUACCGAUGAGAGGGAAUACGUCGUCGACGAGCAAGGUCGCGAACUGGUACCACGCCUUUCCCAUCAAACGAAAUCGAAUGACCGCCUCCGAUCAGUACGCCGAGCUGUCACAUACAAGACGGAUCUACGUAGUCAGAACGUAUCUUUGGAGCAGAACUCGAGCGGGCGCUUCCUCCGCCAACUCUCCCGAUUCGACCAGACAAAAUUCCAAUGUAUCGACGGGAACGACUUUAUUGAGCUUUCCACGACAUGCUCCAUGCUUUUCGCGAUACGAACGGCGUUUGGAUACCAUUCACUCGUCAUGGGAACUGAUAAUAAAGGCCAGAAACAUCUGGCACUCACUGACUCCGUGUCUUCCAUCCUGAAAGUCAACAUCCGAUGCACGGCACGGGUAGAGGGUACAGACCUGGACGAUCACGCACUUUUGUACUCAGUCGCGAUCCGACUGAUUACUUCCACCAUAUUCGAAGCGACGUGUGCCGGACAGCGGGUGAUCAUUCACGAUGCACCCACGGAUAUGACCGCAACCAUCAUUGCGGAAGCGCAAGAGCGAGGCGUGCAGCUAAUAUUCACUACGGCUCGGAAAAACGAAGCGCUACAGUCAGCUGUUCGUCCCGCGCGAUACGUACAGCUGCAACCAUAUGCCGGGGCCGCGGACGUUGUCUCGGCGCUUGAUACAAAGGUUGCGACCUUGAUCGACCUCUCUCGCUCGGCCAGUCCGCUGUCGACUACGUUGAGAGCCGUGCUGCCCGCCACCUGUCGCAUAGAGAGCUGGCGUACGAUGAUAGCCCCUGCCUCCGUCAGCAACGGCAUGGGCGAGGCGACCGGACCCAACCAAGAGAAUUUGGAAAUGACCGAACUUGCGAUUGUGGACUGGACCAAGGAGUCAUCUCUUCCAGCCCGUGUUUGCCGACUGGAUGCAUCUCCCAUGUUCAAGCCCGACCAGACCUACUGGCUCUGCGGUCUAUCUGGUGCGCUCGGAAUCUCUCUCUGCGACUGGAUGAUCACUCGGGGUGUCCGUAACAUGGUCAUUAGCAGCCGCAACCCGCGACUGGACCAGCGCUGGGUUGACAAUCAUCGUCUCAAAGGCGCUACCAUCAAAAUCAUGUCUUGUGAUGUGACAGAUGAGGUGGCACUUCGCAAAGUCCAUCAGGAUAUCGUUGAGGCACUUCCACCUAUUGCCGGUGUUGUGAGCGCGGCGAUGGUAUUGCGUGAUGUCGCAGUGUGCAACAUGCAGUACGAUCAGCUCCAGGAUGUCAUACGACCAAAGGUGCUGGGCUCCAUUCACCUGGACAGGAUAUUCUGGGACGACAAUCUCGAUUUCUUCAUCGCCUUGUCGUCGACGAAUGCGAUUUGUGGCAACCCUGGACAAGCGAACUAUACGGCAGCUAACAUGGGCAUGGCAGGCGUUGCCGCACGACGCCGCCAUCGAGGUCUGCGCGCUAGCGUUGCGCAUGUCGGUGCCAUUAUUGGCGUGGGAUAUGUGACUGACUCUAUCGAGCGUCUUGAACAAACGGUGUCGAUGACAAACAUGAUCCAUGUCAGCGAGCAGGAAGUUCAUCAGAUGUUUGCCGAAGUCAUCGAGGGUGGCUUUGCAGAUUCUGCGGUGCCCCAAGAACUGGUCAUGGGUCUGAAGGAAGUCUCUCGCUCGGAGCCUGGCCAGUCCAAAUGGGCCAACGACCCCAAAUUCUGUCGCCUGGUACUACCAGCCUCAGCUAGCGAAGACGCUCGGGGCACGGGCGGAACCGCAGAGGAAUCGGUGGCCAAGAAACUCGAAGGCUGCAAAACCCGUGAAGAGGUGCAUCAGGCUCUCAAGCAAGCGUUUGCAGCACAAAUGCGCAAGAUUUUGUUCAUCAAGCUCUCUGAUGAUGAGGUCAUGGAAAGCGUCAGUAGCACAUUGGGACUGGACUCGCUCAUCGCCGUGGAUAUCCGAUCGUGGAUCAUGAAGACGUUCAGCGUCAACAUUCCAGUAUUGCAGAUCAUGUCCGCGGAUGCACGCAUUUCGGAUAUUGUUGCCACGACUCUGCAAGCUCUCCCAACUCGUAUGACUCCGCUGCUCGAGCAAGACGAAGCAACAGCGAGCAGUGGAGGGAGUGAGUCGGCGGCUGACAGCGACGCCAUAAAGAGUGACCAGAGGAGUCGCAGUUCCGCCACGACACCGCCGCCGGAAGGCCCUUCACCGGCCAAGGUCCACGCUACCUCUGCCUCUUAUUGGGACGAGGAAGCUCUUGCACCUCAGGGAGUUUCUAUGCGUGACGAUGUUCCGGCACCACGACAGAUCCCCGAAGUUGUCCUCCUCACAGGCUCGACUGGUCUACUGGGUCACCACCUACUGAACGCUCUUCUCGAACAAAGUUCCAUCCGAAGGGUUAUCUGCAUUGGAAUUCGACGACUCACGGAACGACUUGCGGCAGCGGAGCUUCCAGCCGGCAACGACCGCAUCGAAUACCACGAGGGUGAUCUCGCGGUACCUGGCUUCGGCCUCAGCGAGACGGAACAAGCUCGAAUCUUUGAUGAUGUGGAUGCCAUCAUCCACAACGGCGCCGAUACGUCCCACAUGAAGUCUUAUGCCCAGGUCCGCGAUGCGAAUGUCGAGUCUACACGUCGGCUGAUCCGCCUGGCCGCUUCGCGACGGGUUCCAUUCCACUACAUCUCGUCCGCCGGGGUCGCACUCGCCAGCGACGUCAGUCCAUUCCCGUCCAUACGGGCGAACGGGACAUCCGAGAAAUUGGAAGAGCUGUCUCGUCACGGCUCCCAGGGUUACAUGUGCAGCAAAUGGGUGUGCGAGCGCAUGCUCGAAAAUGCUCAUGAACAGUACCAGCUUCCGGUCUGCAUCCAGCGGCCAUCGACCAUCAUCCGCUCCGGCGACGAUGCAACGACUCCUCGUGCAAGUUUCGAUUGGGUCAACACCUUGCUCCAAUACGCACACAAGAUCCGCGCGGCGCCGCAGGUACGGCACAACCAGGGCGCCUUGGACCUGGUCAGUGUCGAGACUUGCUGCAACGACAUCAUCGCGGGCUUGAACACUGUCCACAACGGCGUCAAAUAUCAGAACAACGUCGGCGAUAUUGUGAUCCCCAUGUCGAAGCUGAGCGAUCUAGCGAUGGAAGAGGGUCAUGCUGAGCCUUAUGUCAAACUCCCGUGGGAAGAAUGGUCUAAGAAAGCCAUCGAUGCCGGGCUACAUCCCGCGGUUGCGACGUUGAUCGAGCAUAUCGACGAACCAGGCGCGCCCUCGUAUCCGGCACUGGCCCGGGCGGAGGGCAAGGAGUAG